UUCAAGUUGUGCUCAUUAUUCUUACAAUAGUAGAGAUUAAAAAAAUAUAUUUUCUAAAGAAUAAUAACUAAAAUUAAAAUUUCAUAGUCUGUGCUAACCAAUAAUUUGCCCAAAUGUUGCGAAUACCAGGUAUGCCGUUUCUGCCGGGCACCACUUUUAGAGAUAUUUCCAAAACGAAAUAUCCCAAAGCCCAAACCUUAAUGAGCUACAAGGGCAUAAGCAUGUUAAAUGAUCGCAAACCUCCCGGCUUGGUGGACUCACAUGGCAUGAUAGUCGAUCCCAAUUGUCCUCCGGCUCAAGUCCCCUCCACCUAUCCACCCAAAGUGGGACCCAAGCUUCCUCCCUGGCUGGCUUAUGACAAGCAGGUGUUGUGUUUCAAUGCCUAUUUUAAAGAAACUCUGCAAGAGGUCUAUCAUGCUCCCUAUCAAGUGAGGAAGGUGAAAAUCUUCUACUACCUGGAAGAUGGUACCAUGCAAAUUGUCGAACCCAAGGUCUUGAAUUCGGGCAUACCACAAGGUUGUAUGGUGCAUCGCCAGCGCAUACCAAAAGCACCGCCCUGUCAAUCGGAGUUUAUAUCGAUAUUGGAUUUAAAUGUCAAUAUCACAGUGCAAAUAUUCGAUAGAGUUUAUCACAUAACCAGCUGUGAUAAAUUUACUCGGCAUUUUUUGAAUAAAUCGGGAAUACCAGUGCCCGAUCCCAUAGAUGAGCCAGUAGAUCCCACCACCGAAAUGCGCAAACGUUCUGGCCUCAAGCUGACGAAUCCUAUACCCAAGAAACACUCAUUUGCCCAAUUCUUGGAAUUUGAUCGUAAGGUUUUGAAAUUUCAAGGCUAUUGGGAUGAUCGCUCGGAAUUUGGUGAUGUCAGAAAAUUGGAUAUCUGUUAUUAUUUGUCCGAUGACACCAUGGAUAUUAAGGAACGUUUCCCCAAGAAUUCGGGCAGAGAAGGCCCCAGCACUUUCCUAAAGAGAUGUAAAUUGCCAAGGGAAUUCUCUGGCCUUUCGUUACCUGGUCAACAGACUCCACAAAGUCUAUUGAAUGUUCUGGGCACCAAUAUGCGUAAUGUGCGUUAUGUUAUGGAUCCUCUGGAUGUGGGACGCAAAGAAAUCACCUACUACAAGGAUCAGGAUUUACAAAUUGGAACGGUACUCAAUGUAUAUGGCAGGGCGGUGGUACUCACAGAUUGCGAUGAAUUCACCAAAACCUAUUAUCGCAAAAAGUAUGGCAUUGAAGAUUUCUCACCGGCUCCAGUGCCUUACAGAUCGGACGAUGCCAGUACGGCUAGACGCCGUGAACGCAUAUUGCCACCCUACAAUGGCUGGGGUUCCUAUGAGGAUUCCGAGGGCAAUUGCAUAUCGGUGGAGUCCAAACCACCACAGGCGGACUUUAAGAAAUUCAUACAAUUGGAUCGUUACAUUUUGCGUUUUGGAGCCAAAGUCUUGUCCACCAUAAGGGAGAAUUGUGAGCGUAUGUUUAUUAUUUCAUAUUUUCUAUCCGAUGAUACCAUACAAAUAUUUGAGGUGGCUGCCAGAAAUUCUGGUUUCCUGGGAGGUGAAUUUCUCAAGCGUUCGCGCAUACCUUUGCCGGGUCAGCAGAAAUUCACCUCGCGAAGACCACAAUAUUAUGAGCCCUACAAUUUCUAUAUUGGGGCCACGGUCAGUCUAAAGGAUCAUAUAUUCCAUGUGGUAUCGGCCGAUGAGUAUACCUUGAUUUAUAUGGAGCAACAUCCACAGCAGUUCCCUCUUGCCGAUAUACAAUCCAUUAUGAACAAGGUACGCGAAACUUUGCGUAACAGCUACAAAGACUUUGUCUGCAAAUGUCUACCAGAUGCAAAUGCCGAUGCCAAGGAGGUUCAUGCCAUUGGCUAUGAGACCCUUAAGCAGGCCUUGGUCUCUGCCCUGGGCGACAACAUCACCAAUCAUGAGAUCAUCACCAUAUGUCGUUUCUUCUCAGCCGAACAGGCCCCACCCAUUACCUGUAAUCGUGAAAUUGUAAGGGCAGCUGUCCACUUGGAGAUGAAGCGCAGCCUUUGGAAUGGCAUAGACGAAAUGAAAGAGUAUUUGUUCCACAUAAAUCCUUUAAACAAACCCUACCUGUCCGAGAGUAAAAUCAGAUCUGCCGUAAAAGGCUGUCGUCUGCCUUUCCCCCAGGAGCUAAUCGACGAUAUGAUGCGUGUGUUGAACCAAAAUGCCUGUGGAGAGAUUGAAGUUUGUGAUUUGCUUAACUUCCUGGACAUGAAUUGUGGCAAGGUGCCCGAUAUUACCCCGGUGAAUUUGGCCUUUGAGCUCUGUCCCAAAAUACCCUUCCUGCACAAGGGGCGCCUGGUGAAUUUCCAGUGUUUCCUAAAGCAUUUGGGCCUCGAUGAAGAUUUGAAAAAACAAUGCGAUUAACUCAUUUCAUGUGUAUUGGCUUUUUGUUUUCUAAUAAAUUCGUUUAUUUUUCUUUUAUAUAAAAAAAAAAGAAUAUUGUAAACAAUUUUUAUUUUCUCGUGAAUCAUUAAAAACAACGGUCAUUUAACUAUUUUAAAAUUUGGGAUUAAGAGGAGGAGGAGGAAUGUUUUACACUUUUAUGUUUUGUUGUUGUAUACUCAAUGAAAACCAUUUUACAAAUUUCUUCUUUGUCAGUACAC